AUGCCUACUUCAUUAUAUCAAGGGCUAACUGUACUAUUGAUUACACUUUCAUCACAAAAAGAAGCCCUUGGACUUUUAAAUAAAGAUAAAGAUCAAAUAAAAGAAUUACUAUUAUUUGAACAAGAAUUACAAGAUGUACAUAAAGAUGAUAAUAAUACAUUAGAAGAUAAUAUAACUUCUAAUAACAGAGACAAAAUAACUACUUCUAUUGAAACUACACAUUUAUCAACUGAAACUACUUCUCUUACUCCUCUUAAUUUAAAUACAAAACAUUCAAUAUCUAUUUAG